GUUUUUAUAUUUCUACACGGUAAUUAAUUCCACAACCAUCGUUAUGGAAUCCUAUUAAUUGUAUUAGGGUGUGAACUCCACCUACUGGGUUCUUCAAAGGAGAGGUUAGAUCAAAGGAAAGGUACAUUGAGGUUAUUCAUCUUUCCGAAUAUAGUAAUACCCUACCACGAAGUGAACGUUAGUUAAUGGUAAGUUCAGCGUUUAAUAAUGGGAACUAUUAUUUGAAAGCGGGGCAUCGACCCUGAAAGAACCCAAAGUUGAGCAGAAACCAUUUCACAUUCGUCAUUAGCCCUCCAAAUGGACACUGUGUUCAUAAACACGCGUAGGAAAAGGAGGUAAUAGGACAGACAGGUUUCUUUUGAAAUAGUAAGCAUCCAACAAGGAUCACUACUUCGAACAUUUACUUCGACGUAAAUCUUCUGUUGGAAAAAGAGAAGGAGUGUGGCCAAUAUUGGCAAUUCAUCUCUUUUUCAACCCAAGUCAUCCAACGGCUUCAUUGUUUUGCGAUUUCCGGUUUUCUUCUCAACAAACACGACCCCAUCAUUUCAAGGCGAAUUAUGAAAUCGCCACGGCGUGUUGGAGCGGCGGCGAUGUGUUCUUGUAGAGGCAACCCAAACGCAAAUUGUGCAGGCGCUUUCCCCAAAGCAUCACCCACAAAGUUCUUUAUUUCGUUGUCGGAGCCUUCGUGGGGCUUCUCCGGUUGCCCUACGCUUAAAAAAAAAGUGAUCCGAUUGAUUAUUUGGGCUGUCCUCGCGUACUGAUUGCAUCCACCUGUAGGAUAGAUGAAAAUACACCAAAGCCAUACAGGUAAUCCGUAAAACUUCGACCGUCAUGGAUCUCAAUUGCCAUCAGCCGUCUGACGCGGGUUAGCUGAAGAAAACAUAUCGGUAGAUCUCAAUCAUCGACCCACACGUAGUACUCGCAAACGGGAAUAUGUUCCCCAUGAUUAUUAGGACUUUGCAUUAUGGUCUAGAGGAAUUCUCUUCAAGGCCGAACGGCGCUUUCUAGAUUUCUGUCGAGAUUUCGAACGCAGGUGGAGAGGGGCGAAUGGAAUGUGGCUCGUUCGAUGAGCCCCACGCAACGCAUGACUCUCGUGCUGUAAUCCGAACUUACAUUAGGGAUUUGAGUUGGACACUCCCUCCUCGAUUCAAUGGGGUGAGCAUCCCCAAGGGGAGCAAAUCAUGAUGUACACUUUAAGUGUUUUUUAUAUGAUUUAUACAACUCACCUUGAUCCAUCAAACCAUUUGGACUUUUGCGAGUUCCCGUGGUUUGUGAGGGAUGAUAUUCCUGACAUCUGGUUGGAAAAUUCUAAUGUCGGAUAUAAUUUUGACUUGAGUGGGGCUCAAAAAAAAAUAUAUGUGGCCAGUAUACGGUACAUUUUACCAGCUUUUCAAACCUACACAGUGAUUACUUCCUAUUUUCAUUCUACUUCUUCCCUUUUUGAUUCUGUGAAAUUUGUGUAG